GAGAAAAUGAUGUACCAUCACAGGGUCAGUGCUGAGGGAGCGCCGCACUGUCGGAGGGUCAGCGCUGAGGGAGUGUCGCACUGUCGGAGGGUCAGCGCUGAGAGAGUGGGCACUGUCGGAGGGUCAGCGCUGAGAGAGUGGGCACUGUCACGAAAAACCGGUCAAACAUCUCAUAAGAUGAACAGUCAUUCCCAGGCAACGGGAGCAGACCAAGUGGUUGGAAUGGGCCUGGUAGGGUUCAGCUUGGUGGUUUUCACAUACUACACAAUCUGGGUCAUUGUCUUGCCAUUUGUGGACAGUAGCCAUAUCCUUCACAGUUAUUUCCUGCCGCGUGAGUAUGCUGUGAUCCUGCCUGCAGUUGCUGGUCUUCUCCUGGUUUUAUUAGUAGGAACGUUCAUUGCUGUUGUUAUGUGGAAAAGCAGGAAACCUGCAAAGAAAACGGAUUAGACGGAAUUCAAAGAUAAAAAAACAGAUCAUCCCAAUGUCAGCUCGUCCAGGUCAGAAAACGGAUUAAGCAGAGGAUUUAAAUACAGACAGCGGAUUAACAAACCUUUCUGCUUUGAGAUGGCAUCUUACUGUUGUUUACUGACUGGCUCCUGUAUUCCAUCAGUGUUGUGUUCCAGUCUGCGACGGGAUUCAGCUGACACCAGACUUGGGCACAGUGCCCUCUUGUGUCAGUCUGUCUGUAAUUCCAGUGUUCAGUUUGAACAUCGUGCUUAGUCGGACAGAAACGCAUGUAUACACAAAAAAAAUCAGUUUUAUUUGUGUAAUACUUGGAUAAAAUUAGGACUUGUGAAUUAUACCUAUUUAUAGAAUUGCAUAAUUGUUGUACAUUGGAGAGGCUGCCUGAAAUAGCUCCUCUUACCAAGCAGAGUAGAGCUGCCUGAAAUAGCGUGGAGCUUGAGAAAGCACUGGGGAACGAGCUAAGCACAAAAACUACAUUCACCAAUUCCAAAGACCAUGUUUCACCUUUUAUAAUGAUGUGUUACUGUUUAAAACAUACAGCUAAACUCAGUUGUUGAAGUUUCACUGUGGUUUUGUCUGCAGUGCAAUAAACACACAGCAGCUUCUCCCGUC